AUGUGCAUUGAUUACAGACAGCUGAACAAGGUGACAGUGAAGAACAAGUACCCACUACCCCGUAUUGAGGAUUUGUUUGAUCAGCUUCAGGGAGCAAGGGUAUUCUCUAAGGUUGACCUUCGAUCGGGCUAUCACCAGCUGAAGAUUAGGGAUUCAGACAUUAUGAAAACGGCUUUCAGGACGAGAUAUGGGCACUACGAAUUUCUAGUGAUGUCCUUCGGGCUGACUAAUGCCCCAGCCGCAUUCAUGCACUUGAUGAACAGUGUAUUUCGGCCGUAUCUGGAUUCUUUUGUGAUCGUGUUUAUCGAUGAUAUUCUGGUGUACUCGCGUAGCCAGGAGGAGCACGCGCAGCACCUGAGGGUGGUAUUACAGAGUUUGAGAGAGGAGAAGCUUUAUGCGAAGUUCUCUAAGUGUGAGUUCAUGGUGAGGACACGUGCUACUCGAGAUGACGAGGCACCCGUGCCCCCUCCUGAAGUCGUCAGAGGCUGGGGCCGGGUACCAGUUCAGCCCGAGGACAGGGCAGCGGCAUCAGAGGACGGGCAGCGGAGACUUGAGAGGUUCAAGAAAUAUGAUCCACCGAUCAUUUUGGAACAGUUUAUGGGACCUAUUGCAACAGUUUACAUUGUCUACUGGAACGCCACUUGUAUCCUAUUGCAACGGUUCAGCAUUUUUGCAGCCCAACCACCUUCAAACAGUAAUCUGUUAUUACUUUCAUCGUUUGCUUCCAGAUCUACCACAUGUUUGCUUUAG